UUGCUUCAAAAAGCGGGCAACACAGAGUUCGUUAAUCUGCACCUGAACUCUAGAAGAAAAAGAAAUGGAGACGAGAGAAGAGGAAUUGAAUUUGAUUCCAGUAGCAGUUGUAGACAACCGUGAGAAUGGAGGCGAAUCUGUUUGUUCAUCGGCUUCGAUUUCUCAUUCUUCUAGCAAAGAGGCAUUUUACAAAGUCAUCCGUAGCUGGGCUUCGAAGAAGUUCAUGACAGGAUGCGUCAUUUUACUUCCUAUAGCAAUUACAUUCUACAUCACUUGGUGGUUCAUUCAUUUUGUGGAUGGAUUCUUCUCCCCAAUAUAUAAGCAUCUUGGGAUCAAUAUCUUUGGGCUUGGAUUUGUGACCUCUAUCACAUUCAUCUUCAUAGUUGGUGUGUUCAUGUCCUCAUGGUUGGGAGCAUCUGUUCUUGGCUUGGGAGAAUGGUUGAUCAAGAAGAUGCCGCUCAUUAGCUACAUUUACUCCGCUUCAAAGCAAAUAAGUGCAGCAAUAUCGCCGGAUCAGAAUUCCCACGCCUUCAAGGAAGUGGCUAUCAUUAGGCAUCCAAGGGUCGGAGAAUAUGCAUUCGGCUUUAUCACUUCCACAGUUAUUCUUCAUGGGAGCUCAGGCUCAGAGGAACUUAGCUGUGUUUACGUUCCCUCCAACCACCUCUAUAUUGGAGACAUAUUUCUCAUAAGCUCAAAAGAUAUUAUAAGGCCUAACCUCUCUGUUCGAGAAGGAAUUGAAAUUGUUAUCUCUGGUGGCAUGUCCGUACCUCAGACCUUGGCCACAAUGGAUGCACAAGCCGUUCAUAUAGCUGGACUCGAAACUUUCGACAAGCCGCAAGUUAACAGCUGCUAACUGCUGGCAAUCCUAUGAUCCAUCUUCUGGUUGUUUUGCAUGUACAAGAGAUUCAACUUUUGCCUGGCUGAGCUGAUUGAUUCAAGGUCUACCAUAAACAAAGAAUAAGUUUUAGGGAAGAAGUUUCAAGUGUCUGCAUGAACCUUGUAUUUUCGUUAUAAUAGCCUAGGAGUGCACAUACAUGAACCUUAUAUUUUGUAAAUUAGUGUGAUUGAUAAUUAAAUCUUGUCAUCAGAAUCCAAUAAGUAUAAAAUCUGAUCAACAUCAUCAGUCCUCCGUUGUCGUCCAGCGGUUUAGGAUAU